AUACCUGUCAGGCAUGAUACUUGUCAAUACAACAUAAACCAGUAUCAACAUUGAUUACUGAUAAAACUUAUCAAAAAUGUUAUUUCAUUCAAUAUUUCUCAUACUUAAGAUUGUCUGUCACAUGUUCCAACAAAUGUUGACUUCACUUCAGUUUUCCAUAGAAAGUGUCGGCUGCGCAGAAAGAUGCGCAUAAAAAACUAUAGGAAUUCCCUUUAAAGGCAUGUUGUCAGUGAAGAGGUCGUGCAGAAUUGUAAAAACGGAGAUGAUUUUUUUCUCCACAAAUCCAUGAAAUAAUCCCAGGCUUAUAAGUUCGGUUGUCUCUUUCCUAAUCCAAAAAUAGGUUCUAAAUUUAGCAUUAAGCUGAAACGAUAUGAUCUGAAAUAAAGGCUUCUUACAUUACAAGCUUUGUAAUUUAACUGCACGCUUAACUGUAGAGUAUUCAAACAAACAAGAACAUUUAAUAUCUUCAUUAUUAUUCGAGUGAAACCAUCGCUCUUCACAAUAUCACUGAAAGGACCUAAGAAAAUAUUUCAUGAUGUCUGCCAAGGAGAUAAGACUAAGUUCAAUGACUGAAGAACUUAGAAAAGUCGCUGAAGAAGAGGUAAACGAGCAACCAGCAAGAAGACAUGUAGAUAUCGAAACGUUAAGAAACAGAAUACUGUUGCACCCAGAGUUAAAAGUCCAAACAGAUGAUGCAUAUUUGCUGAGGUUUUUGAGAGCAACACGCUUUGAUCACGAAUCUGCUUUCACUCUAAUCCAAAAAUAUCUCGAGAUGAAAUCAGACGAGAAAAACAGACUGCUUUUCAAAGAUAUGCGACCAUCGUCUGUCAAGCAUGUGCUUGAGGCCGGAGUAACGGGAGAACUACCAAACCGUGAUAAACUUGGAAGAAGAGUGAUGGUCUUCAGACCAGGUAAAUGGGAUCCAAGCAAAUUUCCGAUAACGGAUAUGUUCAAAACAAACUUCAUGACGUUAUACAAGUUUAUUGAGGAUGAGGAGACACAGAUAAAGGGAGUAGUUGUAAUAUUUGACAUGAAUGGCAUGGGAUUCGGGCAAAUUACUCACUUGUCACCAUUCUUUGCCAAACGUAUUGUUGCCUUGUUGCAAGAAAGCUUUCCAAUGCAAUUCAAAGCCGUUCAUCUCGUAAACGAGCCGGCAGUCUUUGAUUACUUAUUUGCUAUUCUACGACAUUUUAUGAGCCAAGAAACCAUAGAUAAGAUGAACGUUCAUGGACAUAAGCUGGAAGAACUAGCUGAGUAUUUUGAUGUAGACCAUUUGCCAGCGGAAUAUGGCGGAAACGGUCCAAAAUUCUCUAAUGAGGAAUGGAUGGAGACUCUGUUAGAAUGCGAUGCGGAAUUCGAUGCGGAAGCAAAGAACUGUAUCAUCAAAACAUCACCAAACGAUGGUUCCGGGACUUACAGAAAAUUGCAUACUUAAAUUCUGUCGCAAACCAGCAUUUCAUAAAUUGUUUCAAUUUACGAAUGCCGAUAUUUUAGUUGCUAGACAUCUACACAGAUCAUUUUCAGAUCAAUAUGAUCAUACCUUUACUAUCUUACAAUGUGACACUUAGCAUGUUAUCUUCAUUAUACUGAGUGAUACUUAACUUUAUUAUCUGACUAUUUUAAAAAAUAAGGCUGACAAAAACACUUGAAUCAAUAAAAGCAAGGGUAGAUCAUACACAGACAGACAUAUCCCACUAGUUUCUGUUGUGAAAAAAAAUUUCAAUAUGUCUUAAACCGAUUUCAUUUUCCAAGUCCAAAGGAAGUAAUCUAGUAAAUUAUAAAGACUAUUGUAGCAAAUCAUGGUAAUACCCUACUUAUUCAAACUAUUGAAUGUAAUGAAUCUCUGUUCUCUUUGGAUUAGAAGUUAAAUUAAUAUAAAUGAGACAGCUAAGUAGGAAAAAUGAUGAUAUUGUAUAUUAUAUACUUAUGGACAAAUAAUAUAUCAUGUUUCUGUGUUACGAGAUUUACGAGAUUUCUCUGUCAAUGGUUUAGGUAAAUUUGAAAUUGGUUCUCAGCAAUAAGUAGAAAGCAAAACAUACAAGGAGCGCUAUUAUGUAAGAGUAUCUAAAAAUCAGACAACUAGUUUAAAAUUAAAUGUCAUUUAGUGCAAAAAAUAAGAAAUUCAGUAAUUUUCAGUAUUUGUUGGCAAAACACUGCAUGCCAGUAAGCAUUGAGCUAUACAGUUUAUUUGGUAUAACUCUAAUGGACAAUCUGUUUAAGACUUCUUUUAGCAAUGUUAUAACGUCGAUGAUGAUUUAGUUUGUGGUAGUACUGAAAGUAUAGGGUAUAAUAGCCAAGUAAUCUAAGUAAGGCCAGUUAUAGGUCAUUUAAAAACCUCUGUGAUUUUGAUAUUUACAUACCAUGCUGCUAAAAUGUUGAUAAUGUGCGAUAUGUCGUGAGAAUUGAACUAAAAAUCUGCACAAGUUGUAUUAGCCUGCAGGUUACUUUCAUUUUUGGUUUUCUCGUGCAUUUAAAUAUCGCCUAAUAAUGUCACACCGACACAUUAUCGAUCAAUUGGCGACUUCCAAGCUUUUAAUGGUGGACGAAGACUCCAGGUGCCCCUGUGGGAACGCUAAAUGAUACAACGUCGCUAAAUGAUACAACUGACGUUAAAUGAUACAAAACUGACGCUAAAUGAUACAACCAACGCUAAAUGAUAUUAAAUCGAGGCUCGCUAAAAGAUACAAAACUAACGCUAAAUGAUACAACAUUUUUAGGCUCGCAAAAAGAUACAAACCGUUGACGCUAAAAGAUACAUUUUUAUAGGGAUACAUAGAGAAUAUCUACAUUUGUUGACGUUUCCACGACAUUAUUAUCUCAUUUUAUGCACGACAUGUCAAACGGAAAUUUAAAUAUAGUUUUGUAUGUUUCCUGUGAAAUAAACAUAUACAUGA